ACAUACAAAAUGGCGGCCGCUGCCACAAUAAAUUCUCUGGCGGAUGAAACGGUGGAACAGGUCCUUCGCUCGCCCGUUCUGGACCACCAAGACGUCUUAAACUUCGGCUACACCUGCAGUAGAUUCAACUCGGUCGCAAGAAGCGGUGAGAUCUGGAGGCUCAAGUUGUUCGAAAGAUGGCCGUCGCUGAAGAUGCGUUACAGCCCGAAGAAGCAGUAUGAUUGGCUGCAGGAGUUCCAGACACGGUUCCGGUGCGGGCGGCUGGUGCGGGAACUCCUGCUCACCUUCUCCCCACAGUUCUACCACAAGGACGAGGUCCCAUCCGAGGCGUUCCGACCAUUCGCAGAGCUGGCGGGACAGAAUGAGUGCAUGAUGCGGAGCGUGCUCAACGAACUGAUGGUUCUUCUACAUGACAAACAACGGAAACACACAGACUUGACUCUGAAAUACUACGGAGAAAAAGUCCUGAGGUACAUGCAGCACCAGCAUCUGAAGGGGGAGUGGCGGCAGGUGUUGGAACAGCCAGAAGACCAGCAGAGCUUAUUGGAAGGAGCAGUGCUGUUUGCCCAGUGGAACAACCCUUCCGAGGACAUGACAGUUCAGGCAGUGGUGCAGCAGAUAGACAGGAUCGUGGACAGGGUGAGAGCAGAGAUCGCCACAAGGAACCCAGAACACGCUGCCAUCAGGGACAAUCGCAACCAAGCGCCCCCUGUCCUCUCUCGAAAUGAGUGCAGGCAGGUUCUGGAGGCAAUCAACCAGGUUCUGUACAACCAGAUGAGCUUCAGGGGAAACAUCGAGGAAUACUACGACUCCAAGAACUCCUUUCUACCUUAUGUGUUGGAGAGAAAGGCAGGUAUUCCCAUCACCAUGGCGAUAUUGUACGCCGAGAUCGCCAAGUGUCUGGGCGUCCACCUGGAACCUGUCAACUUCCCAAACCACUUCCUGCUGAGAUGGCACGACCAGCCUGACGGUGACUCCCCAGAUGACUACAUGUACAUCGACGCCUUCGGUAAGGGCAGGUUCCUGAACAGAAGGGAGUGUGCCAACCUCAUCGACAUCCAUGGCGUCAACUGGAUGCCUGACUCCUGCUAUGAGGCUGUUUCAUCAAAAACAGUGUUUACCCGAAUGGUCAACAACCUCCUCAGCAUUGGGAGAAGACAGGCUCAAAUGGGAGACAGAAGUAACCUUGACCUUGCCCUCCUGCUGAACCCCGGUGACAUUGAGAAUGCCCUUCUCCAGGCCAGGGUCUACCUACACCUCAACAUCAACCUGUCAGAGGUGAUGGAGAACCUCCAGCGGCUGCUGGAGAGGCCUGAAGCUGAGGAACUGUCCAACCAGAUUGGUCACAUGAUGGUCAAGGCCACACAGCAGCAACUCAUCAAGGACGAACCUCCCAAGGUGGAGCAAAAGCGAAGGGAUGACAAGAAGAACUUCAACGCAGAGGGUGUCAUCUACUCCGUGGGCAUGAUCAUGAGGCAUAGAAGGUACAGUUACAACUGUGUGAUCUAUGGCUGGGACCCACAGUGUGAGAUGAGUGAGGAGUGGAUGAUACAGAUGGGUGUACACAGUCUCUCCAAGGGGCCAAACCAACCCUUCUUCAAUGUGCUGGUGGCUGAUGGCUCCAACAGAUACGCAGCAAGAGAGAAUCUGGAGCACCACCAGCGUCCGUGUGAGAUCACCCAUCCGGAAAUUGGCCGCUUCUUCCAGGAAUACAAGGGAAACUACUAUGUACCAAACAACGAGCUAAAGAAGAGAUACCCACACGAUGAGGACAUGACAUGCAGGCACUUCGCCUCGGACGACGCAUCACCCUAGUUCACCACUGAGUGUAAUCUCCAAGCAGAUCUUUUUGAUUUGGUUUGAUUUAUUGAGAUUCACUCACUCACUAUCCGUGUUUAGAUUAUACUGCUGUAGGUUUCCCUGUCCCAGGGGUGGGCAGCAGUCGGCUGUUCUGGACACCACGCCUCCAGCUAGCUCUGUUCUGUGGGUCUGUACUGGACAGACCACACUCCUUGAUAUCCUUCUGGAUACACUCCCACCAAGUUUUUCUAGGCCUUGUGUUGCAAACAGUACAAUACUUGUGGGCCACAGGCAGCGGGGGCUGGUGUUGUGGCUCACACACAAGACAAUUAUAACGAAGCACACAAACAAGACACACAUUAAAACUUAACACCUUUUGGUGGCUGCAAAGACCUUAUCAACUUGGUUAGGCUGUAUCCAUUUUGUAGGCAGUAUCUAUUUGCCACCCUGUUGGACAAGUGUAGAAAAAGAUACCAAAAAAGAGAGCCCAAUAAAAAUACACGCCAGAAAUAAGCCUAAGCCCAAACCUCUGCUUGGAGAGUACUCGAAGUGAUCUAUGUAUGUCAGUGUUACAACAGUGGAUGUUCAAGAUUUAUCUCUUUCAAGAUUUUCAUUGCCAUCGGCAAAAGCAAGAACAUGCCACCGAUCUUGUGCCCUUGGAAAAGGCACUUUACACAACUUUCCUCCAAAUGAAAUUGAGUUUUGUCCUGUCCUGUAUUUGUUUCUAUGUGUGGGACACAACACCAGCAACAGCUGUCUGUGUCCCACUUGUAUUGUACAGUUACAUCAAAUCAACCUUGGCAAAAGCAAAAUAUAUUCAAAGAUUUGUCUUCAAGUUUCAUGUCGGUAAAGAUACAGAAGUCAUGUUGUCUACGCAUAUGGUGCCAAGACAAGAGUGAAACAAGCUUAGUUAGCUAUACUACAGUAUGUAUGAUGUAUUUUUAAGCUUUAACAGACAGAAAUUGCAAGGGUUUGCCACAAUUUGUGAGAAACGAAUUUCAAAGUGAAUCAUUAUUUUGUAGCAAGCAUACUAUUAUGUGAUGCUAUGAUAACACAAGAUCGGACAAACCUUUCAGCUGCAGUGAAGUCAUGUCUGUUAACUGCUACCCCAUCCCACCCUUUUGCUACCAUUAAACUUUCCUGACUUUCUAUAAUUUAUUGUUUGUCCUUAAAACCAUAUUUGGUAGUUCCUCGGGGUGUUAGGUACUAUAUAGUGUCAUGAUAGUAAAUUAUUACUGAAGUCACUUUAAUAAAUUGAGCUUGAACUUCUGUUCAGCUCAAGAAUUAUUAUAUUCAAGUCUUGAAUUGUGAGAUGAAGUGUUGAAAAUUUAAUGUGGAAUUAGCCAAUAUAGCAGUUUGAAAAUUGCAGAGCAUAAUUACACUUUUUUUGCCACCAGGUGGAUUCAAUUUGGUAAAAUGUAGUGCUUGGUAUUUAUGAGCAAUAUGUAAGAUAAUAGCUGUGGUAACAUUUCAAUCUGUGGAACUGUGGUACUAGUACUAUGUAGUUACUGUACUAGAUCAUCUAAUGUGGCAUUGGCAAGUUAUCUCUCUCUCUAUCCGGCUUAACGUCUGUUCCCUGUGUUCCGAGGGUUAGACAUGAUUGUACUCUGAUGCUGGGGCUUGAUGGUAGCUCGCCAUUUGCCUCUGUCCUGUGGUUCUUGUGCACAGCUGAAUACAUCUAAUGCAUAAAGCUAGAAAUAUCCGGUAAAGAACCUUUUCUCAUUUUGGGACAGAAAUUUGAUUUUCACAUGGAGAAAUUACAUGUACCAAAUUGAAUGUAAAUGGUCUCCUUGCCCUACUGAUACUGUCAGCAAGAAUGAGAAUCAGUAAUCUCAUUAUGCACAACUUGAAAUCAAUGUACUUUUUGAGGCAAGAAACUGAUGAAAAGAUUGAAAAUGUUUAAUAUCUAGACCAGUAUCUACUUGUUGGUGUACAGUAAAGACUCAUGUUGUUCACACUGUUUUAUAAUUUAUUCACUUUUUUCAAUGGACAUAACAUUGUAAAUGUACAUCUUUGAUGUGAAGAAUUCAAGGGUCAGUUCAAAAGUUUUACUGGCUCCAUAAAUUUUCAAUGGAGACUGCACAGUUGUCUUGGCAAAUACAAAAAUAUAUAUGGCUGGUAUUUGGUUAAAAUACAUGUAUUAGAUGCUGUAUCAUCCCUACAUGUAGUAAGAUGUGUGUAUAGUAUAUAAGAUCUGUAAAACCUUUGUUAAAAAUAUGCAAAAAGCUUUGUGUUAAAAACACUUUUAGCUCUUCAUGUAUGCACUUAUCUUGGCAAACAAUUUUUAAAUAUUCUGUAUAUCGUCGGUUGUGUCCUGUAAAAACUAUAGUUCAGAAACUUUUUGUUGAACUUAUCUUGGCAAGCAAAUGUCGUUCUGUCUUCUGCAUAAUUAUCGUCGGUUGUUCCUUGUAAAAGAUAUUAAGAAAGCUUUCUGUUGACAAUACAGCUGUUACAUUUGUCAGCUUUUCAGGUAUGAACUUUUCUUGGCAAGCAAAUGUCAUUGUAUAUUGUUGGUUGUUUCUUGUAAAAUAAUAUUAUGUGAGUAUGAAAUGUUCAGCUAACAAAAGUGUGCCAUACAAGAUACAACUAUACCAAAAAAUGUGCGACAAACACAGGAAUAAAACAUCUUAAAAUCAUCGUU